AUGCUUUCCAGUGUCUUCUGUGAGAAGUCUCAGCGGCUGAUCGAUGUGCAGGCCUUUGCCCUGGCUGCUAGGUAUUAUUCUUUGCCAAACCUUGGCCUGUGCACACCAUUGGAAGAGUUACUUGAAGCACUGAGAGGAGAAUGUAAAGAAAGAAAUGACAUUAAAACUGAUGAAUUCAUGAAUAAUAAGAAAUCACAUGAAGUGCAGGUGAUGUCGGAGUUGAUACACAGCAUAGCAAGUUAUUAUGGUAUAAAGCAGGUGAUUGAUAUAGGUUCUGGAAAGGGCUACCUCAGUUCCUUUUUGUCCAUGCACUAUAACUUAAAAGUUUAUGGAAUUGACUCCUCAAACACCAACACUCAUGGUGCUCAUGAAAGGAACAGGAAAUUGAAGAAACACUGGAGAGCGUAUGAGAGGCGGGCAAGAGCAAAUCUCCAAAGCCAGAAGUCGGAAGAGGUGAAUGAUAGGCCAGUACAAACUGAAAUUAAAUGUGAAUCAAAUACCGAUGAAAAGUCCUUAAAUAAUAACAGCAGUCUUCAAAGUCAAGACCAAGUGACUACCCAAGAUUCUGGUAUUUUCACAGAGAUAGCUACAUCUGAAAGCAGCAAACAAACUGAAAUUAAUUUGGUGGCUCAGACACAGUCUGAUGAGAACAAACUUUCAGAAAAUGUUCUUGAUAUUCUAAAUGUUCUGCCUGCUAAUGCUGUUGAUAUUUUUUCUUCACCUCGGUGUGACUGUGGGGAGCUCUGUGAAGAGGAAAAGGCACGGAGAAAAAUGGCUUCUCUCCAGGCUAAAGCAAGCAAGUCAAGUGAAUCAAACCUUUAUUUUCCAUUGACCUCUUACAUCACGGCAGAGACGGAACUCAGUGACAUCAUUAAAGAUCUGGAGGACUCUAUAAUGGUGGGUCUUCAUACAUGUGGGGAUCUUGCUCCAAAUACGUUACGAAUUUUUACUGCCAAGCCUGAAAUCAAAGCAGUUUGCAGUGUAGGCUGCUGCUACCAUCUGUUGUCAGAACAGUAUGAAAACCAAGAAGAUUGCACAGAAGAAGCGUGGGGGUUUCCCAUGUGUCAGUACUUGAAGGAUGAGGGCUGGUGCUGUGGUCGCAAUGCUAGAAUGUCAGCAUGCUUGGCUUUGGAGCGAGUUGCAGUUGGCCAAAUGUUGCCUACAGAGUCAUUGUUUUAUCGAGCUGUUCUUCAGGUUAUUAUAGAGGAAAAUUAUGGUGUCACCAAAAGUGAUCGACAUGUUGGAAAAAUUUUCUCCAAGUCAUCCUCCUUUUUAGACUAUGUAAGAAAGUCUUUGAAAAAACUGGAACUAGAUGAUUCAAAGCUCUCAGACAGCUGUAUAACGGAUUACUAUGAAAAGUACAAGGACCGAAUGAAUGAGCUCGAAGCAUUUAAUAUGUUGAAGGUAGUUCUGGCGCCCUGCAUAGAAGUUCUGAUACUUCUGGAUCGUCUUUGCUACCUCAAGGAGCAGGACAACAUUGCUUGGUCUGGACUUGUGAAGUUAUUUGAUCCUGUGAAAUCUCCCAGAUGCUAUGGAGUUAUUGCUCUGAAGAAACAGUCGUCUGAAGUGGAAUCAAAACUACAGAUAUGUUGAAAUCUCUGCAUUGAUACUGCCGUUUCCUCACUUUUUUUUCCUAUUACUUGUAAGUGAUUCCUCGAGUAUGAUGAUGCAUUUGAUAGCUGUUCAGUUUAUAUCUGCAAAAAUAAAAAUUGCAAUGCCUCUGUAACUCAUGAUAAAUAAAUAGUGAUCUGUAGUUUAUUUAUAAAUA